AUGCUUCCACUUCGUCGGCGUGGACGAUUUUAUGCCAUAGUCGCUGUGGUUAUGGUCUUCCUGCUGUAUCGAUUCAUGCAGAAUUCGUGGUCACAGUCUCCUCACUUCGAAACGGUGAAGCAACCAAGCCAGCCAGCUUCUGACCCAGUACAGGGCUCGAAAGAAGCCUUUGAACCGCCUGUCGUACCGCCACCCGUCCAGCUUCCCGAUUCCGAGCAGGAUUCCAACGCUGCCAAUAAACCCAAACCAGCAGUACCUCAAGAUGGACCAGCAUUGCCGGAGAAGGUUUCAGAGAAAGUCGAUACACCGGCAGAAGAGAAGCCUGUCGCCGAUGAACCUAUCUCUGUUGGGGACGCUGCGCUGCCAGACGACAAGAAGGAAGAGCACAAGCAGCCAGCGGAGCAAAGUGCACCACAAAUUCCCGAUGUUCACUUCAAGGACCCUCCUAAGCAGGCCGACAACCCUGAUAUUCCCGAUGUCAACGUUGAUGGUUCCAAGGUUCACUGGACCAAGCCCAAGGAGAACUUCCCUAUCCCCCCUGAGUCAAUCAGACCAGUCCCAACCGGCACAGCUCCCAGUAUCAACAGAAUCCAGUUCGACUUCCAACCUGAAGACGUACAGACAAGUACCACCCGGUUGGAUCGAUUGAAACGUGUCAAGGCAGAAAUUGAACGGGCCUGGACUGGUUAUCGAAAAUUCGCAUUCCCACAUGAUGAACUCAAGCCUGCUUCUAUGAAGUAUCGUGACACCUUUUGUGGCUGGGGCGCGACACUCAUCGAUUCGCUUGAUACUCUUUGGAUCGCUGGUAUGAAAGAGGAGUUUGAUGAAGCCGCCAAGGCCGUCGCCAAUGUCGACUUCACUUAUUCCGAGCGUAACGACAUUCCCGUUUUUGAAACUACCAUUCGCUACUUGGGCGGCCUUAUCGCUGCGUACGAUGUUAGCGGUGGAUCCUCUGGCCAGUAUAAGAUUCUGCUGGAUAAGGCCGUCGAACUUGCGGAGGUCCUCAUGGGCGUUUUUGAUACGCCUAACCGCAUGCCCCUAUUAUAUUAUCGAUGGCAUGAGCCUUAUGCUUCACAACCCCACCGAGCGAGCACUGUUGGAAUCGCUGAGCUUGGAACUCUGUCUAUGGAGUUCACUCGCCUUGCUCAAUUGACGGGUACCAACAAAUACUAUGAUGCUGUUGACCGUAUCACCGACGCCUUGAUUGAGAUGCAAGCAGCGGGUACUGAUAUUCCAGGGCUUUUCCCCGAACGCAUCGAUGCCUCUGGAUGCAACAGGACUGCUACCACUAGGACUGAAAGCCUCAGCCAGGAGGCCCGGGAGCAAGUCAAUUCUGCCGACCUGACUAAGGAACCUGAAGGAUUUGAUCCCACGAAGCUGGGCGGAGAUGUAGCCUCUCCCGCACAGCUCCCCCAGGCCGAUAGUCGUUGGGAGGACAAGCUCCAACGUCGCGAUGUUCCUGUAGAUACCGAUGAGGCAACUAAAGCGGGUGAUCAGACACCGGCUCGACCUGGGCCUCAACAGGCGCCCCCUCUUGCUGCAGAUGGUUCUUCGGCAGACUGGGAUUGCAAGCCUCAGGGUCUAGUUUCAAGUAGCCCUAACUACGGACAUUACCAUAUGGGAGGUGCCCAAGAUUCAGCCUACGAGUAUUUCCCCAAGCAAUAUUUGCUCUUGAAUGGUCUGGAACCCAAGUAUCGCCCGCUCUACGAGAACACCAUCGACGCGAUUAACGAAUGGUUGCUUUAUCGACCUAUGAUCAAAGACGACGGCUGGGAUGUGUUCUUCACGGGAAAGUUGACGACUUCUAGCCGGGGUGACUCAGAAUGGCUAAAGACCUAUGACAUGGCUCAUCUCGCAUGCUUCGUUGGAGGCAUGUAUGGACUAGGCGGUAAGAUCUUUGGUCGGGAUGGGGAUAUCGACAAGGCCAAAAAGCUCACUGAUGGUUGCGUGUGGGCAUAUCAGUCAACAGUUACCGGGAUAAUGCCUGAAUAUGCUCACCUGGUCGCUUGCCCUGCCCUGGAAAAGUGUGCUUUCAGUGAAGAGAGUUGGUAUGAGGAUCUCGACCCUAACAGAGAAUGGCGCGAUAGUGAGUUUAGGAAAUGGUCAGACGGCGAGGCUCAGAGGAAACUCGCAGAAGGAGCUGCUCCCGCCGCUGCCCAACAAAACAAGCCCGAUGAUUCAAAUAAGGGACCGGAGCCUGUCGUCAAUCCCCCAAAGGUGGUCAAGCGGGCAGGAAUCCCGAUGCCUGAGCUGGAUAGGAGUAUGGAAGAGGACGAUUCGGAGUUUGGAUCAACGCUCCCCGAUUCACUCAAGCAGAAAAUUGGGCUGAACAAGGACGGAUCUGAAAAUACCGAAGCAGAAAAGGCUCAUCCAGGCAAGACUGAUUCGGAGAAAGCCAAGCCUGCUCCAGUCGAGCUAGAAAACCAACCCGCUGCUGUCCAAGAUACAACGGAAAAGACCAUCGCGCCGAAGCCUGUCACCGUAGACAGCUUUGAUGCCGUCAGAAACGCAGAACAAGUUGCUGCUUCUGAUGACGUACCUCUGGAGAGGCCCGCGACGCACGAGGAGUACGUCAAGUCGAGGAUUCAAAGAGAAAAGCUCCCUCCAGGCUACACCGAUAUAAUAAACCGGAAUUACAUCCUUCGACCCGAGGCGAUUGAAUCUGUUUGGUACAUGUAUCGCAUUACUGGCGAUACUACCUGGAUGGACAAGGGUUGGAAGAUGUUCCAGGCUACAAUUGCCGCUACACGCACCGAAUUCGCCAACAGCGCCAUCGAAGACGUGAUGGGCACAGAGAACAAUCUGAAGGACGAGAUGGAGAGCUUCUGGAUUUCCGAGACUCUCAAGUACUAUUAUCUACUCUUUUCAGAGCCUAACGUCAUCAGCCUUGACGAAUGGGUUCUCAACACCGAAGCGCAUCCUUUCAAGAGGUCGACAUGA